UCUACUGCUUUAAGAUGGCGGCUGUUUACUAACGCAUGUAGUCCUUAAAACAUGUUGCCAAUGCAGCUGUGUCUGUCAAUUGCAUCUAGUUCUAUAAUAUGAUAUCUACCGUGUCAUGUGGGCGUAGUUUGUCGGCUAUGGCUACAGUCAGGUAUUAUUGGAGCCACUUAGCAUCGCGGUUGCAACGGCGUCUUCCCCACUCCUGCUAUGCUCUCUCGUCUCCACCCUACCCACGUGACAUCACAACUCCGCUCUCCUGACUGGUGCCGCCCACUUGUCCGGCAACACAUCCUGUUGACCUGUUACGGCCAGGGCUGGACUGGGACAAAAAAUCGGCCCGGGCAUUUCGAGCCGAGACCGGCCCACCAGGGUUUUACCUCACCCAUCAAGCGUCUGGUAUGGUCAAAAGCCAGUCGUAGACCUGUGGACAGAGGCAGCGUGUACCGCCGUCCCCUGCACACCGUCCCACUAUACGCUCCCGAUUUCCUCAUUCACCCAGAAAGGCUCAUCUUCGACUACGUAGAGAAGGAGGUCAAGUUCCUUGGUCACCUGACCUGGGUGUCAGUUUCUCUCAACCCGUCCAGUCGAGACGAGCUGCUGCAACUGCUGGACACCGCCAGGCAGUUACGGGUGCUCCCGUCCAAGACUAGCGUGGAACAGGACUGCAUCUUAAGUCUGUCCGCUCGCUGCCUCCUGCUGACGUGGCGAGACAACGAGAAGCUGCUGAUGAGGAUUCCCACGCACGAGAUUGCCGCUGCUUCCUACCUAAGAGAUGACGCGCUGCACCUGCUGGUCCUCAAAACAGGUCUAAACGUGGACACCGUGGUCGCCGGGGACAUCAGCUUGGAUCGAAAGAAACCAGCGGGCAUCGACGGCCGACGUCAAACUGUGAGCUGCAACGCCGACCCGCGACCUUCCGGGGGUACGAUGGAGCGACGGCACACCAUUUGCGGUGUGGAUUGGAGACCAUCGCUGUCCAGGAGCAACCACGACAAGAACCAGAAUGUGGACAGAGGAGGAGGAGGAGGAGGGAGUUUGGAAAGGAAGCGAGCCGGCGGCAGCUGGGAGAGGAGACAACCCACCCGGAAGACUGGCGGUAGCUGGGAGAGCCGCCGAGCCAGGCCGACUGGCGGGGUGGCGCCUGCUGGGGGAGGGAGUUGGGAGCGGCGGCACGGAGGAGGCGGUGCCGGAAGCUGGGAGCGCCGGCAGGCCUGCACAGGAAGCUGGGAGAGGGGCAAGAGCUACGGGAGCUGGGAGAGGCGCAACCACAACCCAUUGGAGCCUACGCCAUGUCCCGAUGCCUACUGCAACCUCGUUAUCCUGGCGGUGGACAACCGAGAUGCAGCAGAGGAGUACUGUUCCUUGAUCUGCCAGAUGUUCCAGAUCAUUUAUGGCCAUCAGACUAUCGAGUGCGUGGACAGAGCGGGAUUUCACCAUACCAUGCCGGACCGCUACUGGCUGCAAAGGAGUGACAGCUGCCUGACUGACGAGUCUUUCGGCUAUGACCCCGAAUAUAGCUGCUGCAGCUCAUAUGACGGAUCCCAGGAUGCAUUUGAGCUCUACUACAGCGAGACGUACAGCGAAAGUUCGUCCGUGUCCCUGCAGGACUCGCAUCGCAGUCUGACUUCAGCCAACGACGGAGGAGAGAGUAACCCCACCCUGGUGCUCAUGCAGGACUACAUGAUCACGUUGCGGAACAAGCUGACAGCUGUGGAGUUACAACACUUUGCGGCGUUCCUAAGAGAAUACAGGCUGGGCUCCAACAUCGGCCACUUCUGUUCCGUGCUGCUGCAGCUAUAUGGAGACGAGCGCAAGUUUCUUUUGCUGGGAAUGCGUCCGUUUAUUCCCGACAAGGAUGUGGGGGAGUUUGAGAGCUUCCUGGAAGGUAUCGGGAUCCGCGAGGGUGGCAUCUUGACCGACAGCUUCGGACGCAUCAAACGCAGCAUGAGCAACACAUCGGCCACCGCCAUGAGAGGCAGGUAUGACAGCGGCUCUCUGGCGUCGGGAUCUCAAGAGUUCAACCGGCGCAUCAGUGACAUAACGCAUGACAUCCAAGCGCUAGGUUUUGGGGACACGCAUGACGAUAUUGAGGAGGAGGACUACUACUUGUGAUUCAUCUAGCUUUUUUGGACAUGUUCAGAAGUGCCGAGGAAACCCGUGGUGUGUGAUUUCAGUCGCUUCCUCUUUAUUUGGGGGAAUUUUGAAUCAUUUCCUGUUGAUUUUAGGGCAUUUCUCGGUUACUUCCUGUUCACCAGUCACUUCCGGUAGAUUUUGGAGCUUUUCAGGUCACUUCCUGUUGAUUUUAUGUCACUCCUGCACAUUUAUGAGCAUUCCCGGGUCACCUUCUAUACAUUAUGGAUUAUUUCCUGUUGAUUUUAGGGCAAUUCUAGGUCACUUCCUGUAGAUUUGGGGGCUUUUCUGGGUUACUUCCUGCACAUUUUAGAUCAGUUCCUUUUCAUUUUAGGGUGUUUCUAGGUCAAUUCAAUUUUGGGGCUCACUUCCUGUUGAUUUUCAGGGAUUUCCUGCAUAUUUCCUGCACAUUUUGGGGUAUUCUGCGUCACUACCUGUACAUUUUUGAUAAUUUCCUGUUGAUUCAAAGGCAUUUCUAGGUCAUGUCCUGCUCAUUGGUCACUUCCAGUAGAUUUUGAGGCUUUUUCAAGUAACUUCCUGCUAAUUUUGGGUCACUUCUUGCACAUUUUGGGGCAUUCACGGGUCAUUCUCUGUACAUUUAUUUUUAUUUCCAGUAUAUUUUAAGCCAUUUCUCGGUCACUUCCUGUUGAUUUUGGGUCACUUCCUGCACAUUCUGGACCAUUUCCUGUUGUCACUUACUGUCCAUUGGUCACUUCCUGUUAAUUUCAUUUGGAAAUACAGUGAUCCCUCUCUACUUCGCACUUCAAACUUCAGGCCCUCAGUCAAUCGCAGAUUUUUUUUUCAAUUAAAAAAUAAAUACAUAAUUAGGUCACACUGCUGUUGCCAUAGUUGUGCCCUCCCUGUAGGUGUGGUAUGCGCUACUUGUGGGUGUGGUAUUCUGUUAGGAAGACAUCAAAGUGAUGAUUUGUGGGCACAUAUGAUGAGAAGCACAUUGAAUUAAGAAGUGUUGUUCCAUUCCAGUCUCGGCCUUACAUGUACUUAGAUUAAGGAAGUACAUAACACCGGUGAGCCGUCCCUUGCCGAUCACGUAGUCUCACUCUCCCGCCUGCUGCUCUUUGUUGGUCAGGCAGUGCACUGGAGUUGCUUAUUAAACUUAACGAUGAUUGACAGACGUUUAAUGUUUGAUCUUGCCACAUAUGCUUGGAAGCCGAAGAUUCCAACCACUGCAUGCGUCAAUCAUCGUUAAACUUGUUAAACAGUUGCUGUGGCAACUCAUUGGGUGUAAGUGAGCAGGUUGAGCGGGUUUGAGUGGACUCACUCAAUGAAGCUUUAAAUCAAUUACAAGCUUUAUUACCAUGUUUCACCCAUAAAAUCCCCCCAAAAUCCAGCUGUGGCCAUUCACAGGUUUCUAGAUCGAAACAAGGUAAGUACGCGAUAAUAUCUCAUUAAAGUCAUGGCGUCUGUAAUUCUGCUCUCGCAUGCUAUCACCUCCAGAUAGGGUUUUGCUGUUAAUUUUUUUUUUUUUUUUUUUUAAAUGCCCUCUUGUUCAAAUUUUUUCUUUCCCCAGAAAAUUGAGAUUUUAAAGUGAUCCUCUAACUUAAAUACAUGUAGGCUCUAAUAAACCACAAUUGUUCUGUUGUACUAAAAUAUGUUGUUAGAAACACAUAAAAUGUUAAAUCAAUGGCAAUAUUUUAUAAUAUUUUGUCCAUAUUUUGACCGUUAGUUGGCGCCAUGGUUUGCGGGCUUGCAGUGAUGACGUAAUUGGUAUCUUUCCGAAUGUGUAGCGUGUUCAACAAUUGCUUAUUGCUGCCUAAACUCGCAAAGUAAAAUGCCACGAUGUGCUGCUUUUGGAUGCAAUUUCCAGUCAAAUGGAAACAAGGGCAGUGAAGUGAGUGGCCAAGGUGGAAUUAUUAUUUUUAGUGAAUAAAUGUGCAUAAGUGGAAGCUUCUCCCCCUUUUUGGUCCCUUUAUGCACGUGUCCUACCCAUCACGCAUUACAACUGGCGCCCGAACAUUUUUCCUGGAUCCUCAGUCAAGUAAGGGAUCCGUCUAUUUUCUGGAUCCGACGGUCCCAUCGCGUCUGCAAUUUUGGUUUUGGAUCUGUCCAUUUUUUUGAUUCGUCGGUCCCAGAGCGGCUUUUCGGAUCAGUCUAUUUUGUGGAAUCGACGCCCUGAUCGCGAAUUUGGAUUACUGUUGCUAUCUUUUUUGUUGACUAUUCUUCGUGGGAGUUUUCCCCAAAUCAUACUAAAUAAUUAAAGCACUAUGGCAAGCUACAGUGACGACAGUGACUCUGAUGUGGACCUUACAACAAUGUUGGAGUUCGUCAGGGAACGUGUGUUUGCGUACUGCUGAGCUCCCGAGUGAAGAGUGGUCAAGGUGGAAAUGUUAUUUUUUUGUGAAUAAAUGUGCAUAAGUGGAAGCUUCUCCCCUUUUUGGUACUUUUAUACACGUAUCCUAGCUACCACACGUUACAAUGUACAAGACAUGGAUUACACAAGGUGUGCUCUUUGGCCUUUACUGCAUGUAAAGCACAC